AUGCGAGAUGUGUACUGGAAACACAUCCAUGAGUCUCAGCAAAGGUGGCAUGGGCAUCCGGAGCGUGUGAACCAUAUGAAGAACCUCACGCACUCCGAGCUCAGCAGGAGGCGCCUUGUCCCAUCCAAACGCAAGCUUCGUGAAGCUAUUCCUGACGCAGCUGAGCAGGGUGCAGGGGAUCAAGCUGUCCAGAGUCCGGUUCGUCCUGAGGAGGAACCAUCUGAGGUGAAUGAACCUGCUGCAGCAAAUCAACCGCAUGUUGGAGAAGCCUCUGAGGAAGGGGAAAAGGGUGAAAGCUAG